GAGGGGCCAAAAUUUCUACUUGAUAGGAGAGCUUAAGAGCGGGAAAUUGGAUUAGGGUUAGGUUUUUUGGAUUACGCACGAGCGCCUAUUUUAGGGUUUGAUUUCUUGCGGUUUUUGCGUUUCCUGCAGACUAGGCAAAGUUGCGGAGAGUCGGGCUCAAGAUCCAAAGAUUUCUCCGCGAACGAGUCUGGGGGGUCGAGGAGGAGAUUUGUUCAAAAUUUUCUAGAUUUGAAAAGAAAAAAUAAGAUCAAGAUACUGAAAGUGGAGGAUCGAAAUGGUAGUGUGAUUAUUGGAGUGAUCGAAGUAUUGAGGCGAUGGCGGUCUUGAUUGUUUGAGGCCAGAUGAAUAAAUUUAUGAAAGAAGAAAAGAUUUUUGGAGCUAUUUCCUUUUUGCUGGGCGCCUGUUUCUGAUUGGCAGCAAGGAUUUUUAUCGGUUGAUUGCUGUGAGAAACGGCGAUUGAAGUCAUCAGGGAAGCUGAAUUAUAAGGAAAGCGGUGAGUUGUCUUUUAUUUUAUGAUUCCCCAAUGCCGACUUGAGGAACAAAGUCGAAACUCGAAAGCGAGCAAAGUAGAAGAUUUUGUGAACUCAGUGAAGCUCGGAAUUGAAUUUGAGGAUAUCUGAAGACUAUCGAUCAAAGCCACAUGAGGAGUUGAGACUUAAGAAUGGCUUGUGAGAUUUAGUGAAGCAUAAGAAGCAGAUUCAUGCAGUUAAUUGAACAGUAGCAGAUUGGCAAAAAUAUGACUGGAAGUGAGCCCGUGAAGCUUGAUGACGAAGAGAUCGCCGAGCUAAGAGAGAUAUUUCGAUCGUUUGAUCGAAACAAUGAUGGGAGUUUAACCCAGCUCGAGCUUGGAUCGCUGCUUCGAUCACUUGGUCUAAAACCAAGUGCAGAACAGCUGGAGGCUAUAACACAGAAGGCUGAUAAGAAUAGCAAUGGGUUGGUUGAAUUCUCAGAGUUUGUCGCAUUGGUGGCACCAGACCUCAUUCCGGCGAAAUGCCCAUACACUAAGGAGCAGCUAAAGAAGAUUUUCAGGAUGUUUGAUAGGGAUGGAAAUGGGUAUAUAACAGCAGUGGAGUUGGCACAUUCCAUGGCUAAGUUGGGGCAUGCACUUACAGCAGAGGAGCUAACAGGCAUGAUCAAGGAGGCAGAUACCAAUGGGGACGGACGUAUCAGCUUCGAUGAGUUCGCUCAGGCGAUCACAACGGCCGCAUUCGAUAAUUCAUGGCAAUGACGACAUUCGAGUUCCCCGGUUUGUGUUUUGCAUAAACAUGUGCUUACUUUGCUUUCAUCUCUUGCCUUAAACGAUGAAUUCUUCUAAGCCCAGUUCUGCAAGAGCGCCUGUAGUUGUCCAAGCUUCAUAGGUUUAAUAAUUUGUUGGUAUUCACUUUGUAUUUAUUGAGGAAGAGUACUCUCAUGUACAGUGAAUACUGAAUAACAUCAUUUCCUUUCUUCGUUCUCCUAAAUUUGAGAUUGUAAUCAUCUGUUGCUUUUCAGGGAGUCAUCCCACCCAAGUUGUGCUAUUGAUAUAGCUGUGUAAGCUUUAUGAGAUUGAUCCUAGCUACAUAAUUACAAUCCCUCUUUGUUUGUUGAGAAAA